CGUCGUGAUCGUCGCCGUUCCCGUUGUUUUCGCGUGAGUCCGAAUUCGAAAAGUGUCUGCUGAUUACCAACCGCACUCCUGGAGGACCGAAAGUAGUAAGGAAAUGACAACCGUCUGGAUCAUCAAUGCCAACUUUGGAUUACAGUGAAUCUAAUAUCACACCAUGACUAAGUGGAUGAAAUUAAAGCCGACGCUCGUUGUCCUUGUGGUUUGUUGGACAGCGAUCGGUACCAAUGCCUACAGGAAUGUACAACCGGAAGCCGUUUCAUUCCGGCGAGACAGCGUGGAAGCGGUUCCAUCACAUGGAUUACAAAAAACGGCCGCCUUCACACAGGAUGAUAUCUUCGGAACGAAAUCGCUACCACUAAGAAGCGCUGUUGAGAGCAUUCCGGCAAACCUAGUUGAUGAACAUCUACCGCUGCGUGACGCAGUUGAGUUUCGUAUUUUGGAUAUGGAUAACACCAUUGAGGUUGUCGUUAGUGAUGUUAUGUCGGUAGUGGCAAAGGAGAAACAACGAAUUGAUUCUGCCGAAGUUCUAGACUUCCGAGUGCCAUCGAAUCCGCUUUUUCAGAACAAAUAUGCAGCUUAUUCAUUCCCUACACAAUACGACAAGAAAAAUCCACAGCCCUUCAGAUUCGGAUCACCGUAUCAACAGCUUGUGGACGUGAACACGCUGAAACAAUUACCCAUGGUGGAGUACAAUCAUAUUCAAAGGGUUGCAAGUCUCAAACAAAGCAGAGACGAUUAUAAGGUUAUUUGCCAUAUGACCAACUGGGCAUUCUACAGAAAGGACGAAGCUCAGUUCAUACCUGAGCAGAUCGACACCAAAUUAUGCACGCAUAUAGUCUACUCGUUUGCAUCUCUGGAUCCAAUCAGUUUGACCAUGAAGGAGUUUGAUCCAUGGGCGGAUAUCGAAAAUGAUAUGUAUAGACGAACUAUUCGGGCAGGUAAAUCGGAAAUUCCUGUUCUACUAGGAAUAGGUGGUUGGACUGAUUCAGUUGGUAAUAAGUAUUCUACUAUGGUAAGCUCGCCCCAGAAUCGCAGGAAUUUCAUUCAAAAUGCUAUUUAUUUACUGAAAACAUAUGGAUUCUCCGGUUUGCAUUUCGAUUGGAACUAUCCGGUUUGUUGGCAAAGUGAUUGCUCCAAAGGUCCAUCCCGCGAUAAACCGAAUCUCACGAAAUUGAUGAUGGAAAUGCAACAGCAAUUCGCCAAAGAGCAACUCAUCGUUAGCAUGAGUAUUUCAGGAUAUAAAGAAGUUAUCACCGAGGCUUAUGAAAUUGCUCAGCUAUCGAACAUUGUUGAUUUCAUGACUGUCAUGACCUACGAUUACCACGGAUCAUGGGAAUCGCAAACCGGGCACGUAAGUCCCCUGUACGGGAAUUCAGGAGACAAGUAUCCUCAGUACAAUGUUGAUUAUACCAUGCAGUUGCUGGUUAAAAUGGGUGCUCAAAAAGAUAAACUGAUCAUGGGUGUUCCUCUUUACGGCCAGACUUUUACGCUAACACGAAGUAGGAACCGUAAUGAAGUCGCUGGUUUUGAUACCCCUUCUUCCGGGCCUGGAAAUGCCGGCGAGGACACCAAGCAGCCGGGUAUGUUAGCCUAUUCCGAAAUAUGUCAAAGGGUAAGAAAACGAAAAUGGAAGACCGCAAGAGACUCCUCACUAAAGUCCGGACCGUACGCUACUUACAUCGAUCAAUGGGUAGGAUAUGAUGAUCCGGUAUCGGUAACAGUUAAAGCUCAAUAUGUGAUGAAAGCGGGAUAUGGAGGUAUUUCUGCCUGGACAAUCGAUUUAGACGAUUUCCAGAAUAGAUGUUGUGAGGAACGAUAUCCUGUAUUAAGUGCUAUAAAUCGGGCAUUUGGACGAUUGAAAACUCCUCAACCUACAGCAAGCGACUGUACCCGGCCUGUUCAACCGACAACUCCUUCUCCCGCUGAAAUGACUAUUGGUGUAGACAAUGGUGGUGGACCGACCGUCUCUACUACAUCCUGGCCAACAUGGCAGGAACCUUCAACUACGAAGCGAACGACAACCAGAUCUACAAGCACUACAACGGCAACAACAACAACAACCACAACUGAGAGACCAACAACGACUCGUCGGUCUACUACCACACCUAGAACUACUAGAAGAACUACUACCACGACUACAUACGUUCCUCCAACUACUACUGUUGGAACAACUAUUCCCGCUCCGGGACUAGUUCAACCCGAACUAACCGAGGGUGGACCAUGUGAAUCAAAUCAAUAUAAAGCACAUCAACGUAGUUGCAAUUCUUAUUAUCGAUGUGUGUACGGAGAAUUCCGGCAACAAUUUUGUGCAGGGGGGCUUCAUUGGAAUGAAGCUGCUAGUCUGUGCGAUUGGCCGUCAUCUGCGAAAUGCACGAGGGAUUCAGUGGACGCAAUUCCUUCCGAUACACCAACUACAACCACAACAACAGAAACACCAACAACCACGCGACGACGAACAACCACUACCACCAGAUACACACGUCCGACAACGACAACUAGAUAUACGACGCAUCCUUCCAGAUGGACAACAAGUCAACCUCAAACGACUACUAAUAAACCUAGACCCACAAAGAAGCCAGUAACGACCACCAAAAAACCAGUUCAAAAACCGACUGAUAAAUGUGUCAAUGGACAAUAUUAUCCCCAUAAAAGUUGCGAUAGUUUCUAUAUUUGUGUUAACGAGAAAAAGAUCUCCCAGCAAUGUGGACCAGGACUGUUCUGGAACCAGAACGAAAAGAGCUGCGACUGGGAGGACAAUGUAAAUUGCAUCAGUCGACCACAGUACUUUAGGCUGUUAGCAAAGUACGCCAAUUUUGAAGAAUUGAAAAUACUUUCUGUAGACGAUCCGUGUGAAGACGAAAACUUUGUUCCUUAUCCCGGGGACUGCACACAGUAUCUGAUCUGUAAUUGGGGACGGCUGGAAGCUGCAACUUGUGCAAAUGGAUUACAUUGGAAUCAGGCGCAGAUGAUAUGUGACUGGCCAAUUAAUGCGAAGUGCCAUCGAAAUCCAACAUCUGAGAGUACAGAGACCAGUUCAGAAGAGGAAAGUAAUCAUCAUCACGAGGUGGAUCAGGAUAUCGAUCGUCCUUCCAGUAAGCCGACAACUACCACGACAACAACAACAACAACGACGACAACAUCCACCACGACUACAGAAAGGCCCAUACUUGAGCCGCUUUCGGGAUACUAUAAAAUGGUUUGCUACUUCACCAACUGGGCUUGGUAUCGGAAGGGUUACGGAAAGUAUACACCGGAUCACAUAAGAACGGAUCUCUGUACCCACAUUGUGUACGGUUUUGCCGUCCUUGAUUAUUCCUCUCUGACAAUCAAGACACAUGACUCUUGGGCUGAUAUCGACAACAAAUUCUACACACGAGUCGUAGCGGCAAAGGAGAAAGGGGUCAAAGUAACGCUGGCAAUUGGAGGCUGGAAUGAUUCCGCCGGUGAUAAAUAUAGCCGAUUGGUGAGAAGUGCAGCAUCUAGGUCAAAGUUUAUCCAACACGUGGUUGGUUUCCUGGAAAAGUAUGGAUUCGAAGGAUUGGAUUUAGAUUGGGAAUAUCCGGUUUGUUGGCAGGUCGACUGUAAGAAAGGUUACGCUGAUGAAAAAGAAGGAUUUGCCAGCUUGGUACGGGAAUUAUCAGAGGAAUUCAAACCAAGGGGAUGGCUUCUCUCUGCGGCAGUAUCACCCAGUAAAACAGUUAUUGAUGCUGGUUACGAUGUGCCGACCUUAGCUGAGUACUUCGACUGGAUUGCUGUUAUGACGUACGACUUCCACGGCCAGUGGGAUAAAAAGACAGGCCAUGUGGCACCGCUGUACUACCAUCCAGAAGAUGAAAUUUCGUUCUUCAAUGCGAACUACUCUAUCAACUACUGGAUCGAAUUGGGGGCACCAGCUAGGAAAUUGGUCAUGGGAAUGCCGCUGUAUGGACAGUCCUUUGGAUUGGCAGAUACCAAAAGAAAUGGUUUAAAUGCGAAAGCUCCUGGUCCUGGACAGGCGGGAGAAUUCACUCGUGCGGCGGGUUUCCUAGCGUACUAUGAGAUCUGCGAUCGAAUUCAGAACAAAGAGUGGGUCGUUGUUCAGGACGACCUGAAACGAAUGGGGCCGUUUGCGUACAAAGGCAACCAAUGGGUAUCUUUCGAUGACAAAGAAGCCUUACUAAGAAAAGUUCAAUUCAUUCGGGCAAUGAAUCUUGGUGGUGGCAUGAUUUGGGCCCUAGAUUUAGAUGAUUUCAAAAAUCGUUGCGGGCAGGGUCACCAUCCUUUGUUGACAGCCAUUCGAGAAGGGCUUAGAGAUCCACCAAAAGGGGUGGAAGAUGUUCGUAAGUUUUUUUUUCAAUUAUUCUAUCAGGGUAAAUUUUUGGUAAUGUUAAAUUAUUUUGAAGCUUCCGUAGUCCCAGAAACAAACAAACCGGAAGAGGGUAUUGCACCAGUAACUACAAAUUCUAAUCACGAACAUCAUCAUCAUCAUCAUCAUCAUGAAACAACAGAUAAUUCUGAGCAAGAAGAAAUAGCCCUUGAACUAGAUUAUAACUACAAAGUUGUUUGUUAUUUCACCAAUUGGGCAUGGUAUCGCCAGGGCAAAGGGAAAUAUGUUCCAGAAGAUAUUGAUCCAGACCUGUGUACGCACAUCGUGUAUGGUUUCGCUGUGUUGGACCGUGAGAAAUUGGUAAUAAAGCCUCAUGACUCGUGGGCCGAUAUUGACAAUCGCUUUUACGAGCGUGUUGUAGAAUGGAAGAAGAAAGGAAAAAAGGUAACUGUAGCAAUCGGAGGUUGGAAUGAUUCGGCUGGUGAUAAGUAUAGCCGAUUAGUGCGAAGUGCCGUUGCAAGGAGCAAGUUUAUUUCCAACGUCGUAGAAUUCAUCGAGAAAUAUGGAUUCGAUGGUUUAGAUCUCGAUUGGGAGUAUCCAGUUUGCUGGCAAGUUGACUGCACUAAAGGUCACGCGGAUGAGAAAGAUAAUUUUGCCAAUUUGGUCAUUGAGUUGUCCGAAGUAUUUAAACCGAAAGGAUUACUGCUAUCAUCUGCUGUUUCUCCCAGCAAAAAGGUCAUUGAUGCAGGUUACAAUGUGGUGACACUUUCUGACUACAUGGAUUGGAUUGCCGUGAUGGCAUAUGAUUAUCAUGGUCAGUGGGACAAGCAAACUGGACACGUUGCUCCAAUGUACGAGCAUCCUGAUGAUUUUGAUAAAACGUUUAAUGCCAAUUUUACGAUUCAUUAUUGGAUUGGCGAAGGAGCUGACCCACGUAAGUUAGUUAUGGGAAUGCCAAUGUAUGGACAGUCAUUCUCUCUCGCAGAUGUGAAGAACCACGAUCUUAACGCAAAAACCUACGGCGGUGGAGAAGCUGGAGAAUAUACCAGAGCUCGGGGUUUCCUUUCGUAUUAUGAGAUAUGUACCAACAUUAGGAGCAAAAAGUGGACAGUUGUACGAGAUCGUAAAGGACGAAUGGGUCCUUAUGCAUACAAAGGUGACCAAUGGGUGUCGUUUGAUGACCAAUUUAUGAUACGCCAUAAAAGUGAGUAUGUCAAGGCAAUGGGUCUCGGUGGUGCUAUGAUUUGGGCAUUGGAUCUUGACGAUUUCCGUAACUCUUGUGACUGUGAAGAGUAUACUUUACUAAGAACUAUCAACAGAGUACUGAGAAACUAUCCAGGACCUGGGCCAAGAUGUCUUCUGGAAACAGAAUCAGGACCGACUCGACCCACAACGGCUGGAACAAGUACAACUCAAAAAACCACUACCAGACCAACGUUUACUACAACCACCAGAACUACUUCCGCUAUCACCAAAAAGCCUACGACUACCACUAGACGACCAACACCAACGAGACCCAUAACUACAACCACGGAAUCGUUCGAGUACGAAGAGUUCAAUGAAAUAUCUAAUCAACAAAGCUGCACCGAUGGACGCCUAUUCGUUCCUCACCAAUCAGAUUGUAGAAAGUAUUACAUCUGUCAGUAUGGCAAGCUGUAUGAACAAACCUGUCCGGGGGGUUUGUACUGGAACGAUGGCCAUUGUGAUUGGCCUCAGAACAGCAAUUGUCAGAUCAAGGAACCAUUCGGACCAUCGACCACCACCCGAAAACCUACGACUACGAACCAGACUACCACAAGAAAAACUACAACUACUACUGCCCCACCAAAACGUACUACCACUAGAAGCACUACGAUUUGGUGGUCACCUGAAACAACUUCCAAGAGACCAACGCGGCCCCCAAUAACGGACCCCGAUACUCAGUUGACGGGGAGAAACGAUUAUAAGGUUGUCUGCUACUUCACAAACUGGGCAUGGUAUCGGCAAGGUGAUGGGAAAUACACACCAGACCAUAUCGACGAUAAUCUAUGUACUCAUAUAGUAUAUGGAUUCGCGGUACUCGAUAGAGAAAGCUUAACCAUUAAAACGCAUGACUCAUGGGCUGAUAUUGAUAAUCAGUUCUACGAACGAGUUGUGGAGCAUAAACGUAACGGAGCGAAAGUAACGCUUGCCUUGGGUGGAUGGAACGAUUCUUUGGGCGAUAAAUACAGUAAAUUAGUAAGAAAUCCGUCCGCUCGAGCGAGGUUUGUUAAACAAGCGGUUGAAUUCAUUGAGAAGUUUAAUUUCGACGGACUCGAUUUGGAUUGGGAAUAUCCAGUUUGCUGGCAAGUUGACUGUCAGAAAGGUUUUCCAGAUGAAAAACAAGGGUUUGCAGAUCUAGUAAAGGAACUGGCGGUAGAAUUCCGCCCAAGAAAAUGGUUGCUUUCAGCCGCAGUUUCUCCCAGUAAAAUGGUUAUUGACGCGGGCUACGAAGUUCCUGUUCUUGCGGAAUAUUUUGAUUGGAUUGCUGUAAUGACGUAUGAUUUUCAUGGAAAUUGGGAUAAGCAAACUGGUCACGUGGCACCAUUAUAUUAUUACCCUGGAGAUACCUAUGAUUAUUUCAAUGCCAACUUCUCUAUCAAUUACUGGAUCGAAAAAGGAGCGCCUUCCAAAAAACUAGUCAUGGGAAUGCCUCUUUAUGGACAAUCUUUUUCACUGGCCGAUUCCACCCGUAACGGACUGAAUGAAAAAUCUUAUGGACCAGGUGAAGCGGGUGAAUUUACGCGAGCUGGUGGAUUUCUCGCCUAUUAUGAAAUAUGUGAGAAAGUUAACCAAAACGGAUGGGCUGUCCAACGAGAUGAGGAAGGUAGAAUUGGUCCGUAUGCUUACCGUGGAAAUCAAUGGGUUUCUUACGACGAUGUUGAUGAGAUUCGACGGAAAACACAGUACUUGAAGCGAAUGAAUCUAGGCGGUGGAAUGGUCUGGGCGUUGGAUUUAGACGAUUUCAGAGGGCGCUGUGGAUGUGGUAGACAUCCUUUGCUUAGGACGAUGAACCAGGAAUUGGGUAGGAUAACAACCAAACGCCCCGAAAACUGUACCUAAUAUUAAGUAAUUAGAUUUACAAUAAACUACCAACUGCUCAGAUGCGACAUCGAAGAAAAGAACUGAUUCAAACAAAAA